UUCCAUCUCUCAAUCACUCCCUAAAAAUGCAGAACUACAUACAGCAGACGCCGAAAAAAUAGCAAAAGCUGCUGAAUCUUCGGUUCUGUGUCGGCUUCCUCUUCUGGCUGCUGCAGGACUCGGAGCUCCACUUCAGUUUGCUUGGAACGCCAGGUGGUGGAUUUUUAUUCCUCUGUCUGUCCUCUCAGGUUCUCCAUCAUGCUCCAUCGUUGUCUCAUUGUGACCGGAGCCCUGCUCUCAUUAGCUGUAACCCUGCUGGUUGCCCAGGACACCUGCCGAGCAACAGGGAUGCCUGGGAUGCCAGGUAUUCCCGGGCUGCCCGGCAGAGACGGUCGUGACGGAGAGAGAGGACAGAAAGGAGAGCCAGGACAAGCGUGGGGCGGCGGCCGCGGCCCUCAGAGGGGAGUGAAGGGGGACCCGGGGAAUGUGGGAUUUGUUGGUAAACGAGGUCAGAGCGGGGAACCAGGGAAACCAGGGGUCUCAGGGCUUGCAGGACCUCCAGGAGAACCAGGAGAAAAUGGGGCUGCCGGAGUCCAGCAGAAGGCGGCCUUCAGCGUGGCCAGAGGAACCACCGAAUACCCGGACAGGAGCAGCGUCAUACGGUUCACCAAAGUCAUCACCAACAUCAAUAACGACUACAACACAGAGACAGGACACUUCAGGUCUCGGAUCCCAGGAACGUACUACUUUGUGUUCCACGCCUCUGUAGAUAACCGCCUCUGUGUGACGCUGAAGCUGGACGGAACAUCGCUGACGUCGUUCUGCGAUCAUCGCCACAGGAGACGACAGGUGACUUCAGGCGGCCUGGCGGUCUACAUGUCGAGGGAUCAGGAGGUUUGGCUGGAGACUAAAGACUACAGAGGGAUGACAGGGACAAGGACUGGUUACAGCAUCUUCUCCGGCUUCCUGCUGCAUCCUCACUGACCCGCAGGGACGAGAAACACAAAACAGCCUUUCUCUCGCUUUUACUGAACAGUUUAACAGCAACUAUUUGAGUGAAAUGAGUGAAACUAAAGGCAAAACAGUAUCUUCCCUCCCUUCACACUGACCCUUUCACAUUGUUAAAAAAAAAACAUGUUCGUUACUUUUCAUUCUAACAUUUAAUUUUCUGUUGAUUUUCAAUGAUUUAACCAGGUUAAGGCUCAUUAAGAUUGAUAUUUAGGUUAAAGAGAGUUGGCCAAGAGGGCAGCAUAAAAAAUGUUCUUACUAACAACAUAAACACUGUCACAUGCUAAAAAUAAGUGCAGGCAAUUUCCUGUUAAGAUGCAUAAACACAUUUUCUCAAAAUUAUCUAAAAAAAAAAAAAAAGCAAACACUUUGACCAAGAAUAUGGUUUUCCAGAUCCAUUUAGGUCCUUCUGUACAUUGUUUCAGGUGGAAGGGAAAGCACAUUUAAAAGCUUUUUUUUUUACCCAACUUUGUCCAAACAUCUGCACAACAUCAUGAGACUGAAGGUCAUACUAGAUUAGAUUUUUACACAUGUAUGUACACAGAGAAGGAGGAACCAGCCCACAGAGAGAUUUAUUAAUAAAAGUGCAGUGGUGUACAAGAUAACAUAGACAGUAAUCUGAAAAAAAAACAUCUGCUGAUGUUACUUUCUCUGUCUGUCAGUAAACAGAUAAUAUUGUAUGAACAGGAAAUCAAAUAAACAGCUGAAAAACAA